UUUAAUAACUUUAAAAAUUAAUUUGAAAUGGUAUUAAUAUUUUAUCUAUUUUUUUUAAUCUUGAGGAUAAAUAUCGUAUAUCGUAACUUGUGGAACUUUCAUCUAAGGAUCUCAAUGAUUAGAUAAUGGAGGCGGAUAUGAAGAAUUACGCAGUAGUUAAGUUCUUGUCGGAUUGUUCAUUUUCUGAAAUUCCUACUGUCUGGAUUUCUGAAGAAAAUGAUAUGAUACACUGUUGGUGGCCGCCUCGAAAUGCAAAUUGCGCAAAUUUAAUUACAAAUUGCGCAAGUCCUAUUUUUAAUACCUGGAGCAAACAUAAGGUGGAAAUAAUAAAAUAUUGUUCGUCAUUGGAAUCAGCUCGGAGAAGUGCUUCGGAUGCAAAUUAUAACACUACUGAUGAAGAACGGUUGGGACGAGGAAAAAGAUCACAUAUGCCAACUAGUCGAUACAGCAGUAGUGAUGAAGGAGAACACGAUGAAACUCAACCUCGAAAAUCGAAAGUAAAAAAAGGAGGAAAAACAUUUGCAGAACAUAAAUCUUCGAAUACGUUUACCUUGCCAUCUGUUCCUGACAACUUUGGAUUAAAUACCCAAAUGUGUAACGUUUCACAACAAAAUUGUUCAAGCUCGCGUUCUAUUGAAACUUCGUCACAGCGAGAUAAAGGUGCAAGUCGUUACAAUAAAAUUCCACCACAAGAAAUCGAAAGUGGUUCAUCGUCCAAAGAGAUAACCGAAAGAGAAUACACACAAUUUGAAGAUAUACCUGUUUUAAUCGAAGAAUACAUCCCAUCAGAGGACAAAGAGAAUUUCGUAAAACUUACAGAGAAUAUGCAAGAAAUGUUGCGUGUGCAAGGAAAUAAUAUACAAAAAAUGUUACGCAUGCAAGCAAGUGCGAAUAUAACGAUGAAAGACAUGAACCAACGUUUACACAAACUGGAAAAUGAACGCUCAAAGCAUGCGGCAAAUUCAGAUGUAAACGACGUUCUUAUUGCAAGAUUCUUACCUCUUAGUACAGUAGAACUUAUUCAGGAAUUUGAUUUGUUAUUAAAAAAUGUGGAAGAGGCAGUUACUCAAUUUAAACAGUAUUUGUUGAAAACAGGAGGAAACAAUCCUAAAGAUAAUGUACAUCGAGUUUUAAAAAAAGUUUUUACAAAUGAGUGUGCCAUGAAUUGUUCCAUGAAAGGAAUGCGAAACAAUUUUCGAGUUUGCAACUUACAUUUAAUGAAAAUUCUUAGAAGAGAAUUAGUUUCACGCCAUGAAAAUUUAACGGAAACGGAUUUCGACAGCAUAGUCGCGGAAUGGUUACGUUUCGCUAAACAAAGAAAAACAAGAGAAGAGAAGAAAGCAAGAGAAGAUGAAGAAAAUAUUAACAUUGAAGGACAUCGACCAAAUAACGAAAAUAAUAAUAACGAACAGCAUUUUGAGUAA